ACUCGUGAUAAGCCUCUCGUCGAAGUUAAAACCCUACACACGCUCUCUCUCUCUCUCCUCUCUCCCAUGGCUUCUUCCUUCAUAUUCUCUAAUCCCAAGGCCUUCUCCUGUAACCCUAGCAUUCACCCAUCCCGCUCCCCCCACCUCCUCCUCCCCAAGCCAUGGCUCUCCUCUCGCUCCCCCAAAAACCAUAGCCUCUCCCGCUCCUCCUCCGCCACCUACGCCGCGCCAUGGAUCGGCCCCUCCAGAGCCCUCCGCUGCUCCCUCCGCUCACGCCCCGAGUACGUCCCCAACCGCAUCGACGACCCCGACUACGUCCGCAUCUUCGACACCACCCUCCGCGACGGCGAGCAGUCCCCUGGCGCCACCAUGACCAGCGCCGAGAAGCUCGUCGUCGCGCGCCAGCUCGCUCGCCUCGGCGUGGACAUCAUCGAGGCGGGGUUCCCCGCGUCGUCCCCCGACGACCUCGACGCCGUCCGGUCCAUCGCCAUCGAGGUUGGGAACACCCCCGUCGGCGAGGACGGGCACGUGCCGGUGAUCUGCGGGCUGGCAAGAUGCAACAAGAAGGACAUCGACGCCGCUUGGGAGGCGGUGCGGCACGCGCGGAAGCCCAGGGUGCACACGUUCAUCGCCACCAGCGAGAUUCAUCUGCGGGAUAAGCUUCGGAAGACGAGGGAGGAAGUCGUGAGGAUAGCACGCGAGAUGGUGGCGUACGCGAGGAGUCUCGGGUGCCAGGAUGUUGAGUUCAGCCCGGAGGAUGCUGGAAGAUCUGAUAGGGAGUUCCUCUAUCAUGUCUUAGAGGAAGUCAUUAAAGCAGGGGCAACAACUCUCAACAUUCCUGAUACUGUUGGUUGUACUGCUUCUUCUCAAUUUAGAAAGCUGAUUGCUGACAUAAAAGCGAAGACCCCUGGGAUUGAAAAUGUGAUCAUAUCUACCCAUUGUCAGAAUGACCUUGGACUUGCUACUGCCAACACAUUAGAGGGUGUUAAUGCAGGCGCUCGGCAAGUAGAGGUCACUAUCAAUGGUAUUGGGGAAAGAGCUGGAAAUGCUUCUUUGGAAGAGGUUGUCAUGGCCAUAAAGCUCCACAAGGAACUCAUGGGCGGGGUAUAUACAGGAAUCAACACACAAUAUAUUUCUUUGUCAAGCAAGAUGGUACAAGAGUAUACUGGACUGCAUGUACAACCACACAAAGCUAUUGUUGGUGCUAAUGCUUUUGCUCAUGAAAGUGGUAUUCAUCAGGUAAAUCUUCAGUUCUCCGAUACUUUGGAACAUGGAAAUGAUGGAAUGCUUAAAAAUAAAGAAACUUAUGAAAUUAUUUCACCUGAAGACAUUGGUUUAGUUCGUUCCAAUGAAUGUGGUAUUGUGCUUGGAAAGCUUAGCGGGCGGCAUGCUGUGAAGUCUAAACUUUUGGAGCUUGGUUACGAUAUAAGUGGGAAAGAGUUUGAAGAUUUUUUCAGGCGUUACAAAGAGGUUGCAGAGAAGAAAAAGCGCAUAACUGAUGAAGAUAUAGAAGCACUAUUAUCUGAUGAGAUUUUUCAGCCUAAGGUCAUUUGGUCCCUUGGUGAGCUACAGGCUACUUGUGGAACACUUGGCCUUUCUACAGCAACAGUGAAACUAAUAGCUUCAGACGGAGAAGAGAAAAUAGCUUGCUCUGUCGGAACAGGUCCUGUUGAUGCUGCUUACAAAGCCAUUGAUAGCAUAAUACAGGUACCAGCUGUUCUUCGAGAAUACAGCAUGAAUGCUGUCACCGAAGGCAUCGAUGCGAUCGCCACCACGCGGGUGGUCAUCAGUGGGGAUAACAGCGAUCCUUCGACGCACGCCUUAACGGGGCAAACUUCUAAUCGCACUUUCAGUGGAAGUGGUGCGGCAAUGGAUAUCGUUGUUUCCAGUGUUCGUGCCUACAUAAGUGCGCUGAACAAGAUGUUGGGUUUCAUCUCUGCUGUAAAAGCUACCAGCAAAAAGCCCCAGGGUAAAACAGUUCAAAGUUCUGAGUGAGCCUCUGGCAACCAGGGUUUGUGAUGCAAUCUAGGUUUGUACGAAGGGAGCCUUCAGUUACACAUGUUUAGAAAGGGUCGGCGUAUUUAUUUCACUUGUAUAUUUAUUUUAUCCAAGUCUGCUUUUGGGAUUGUGUUUUCUCUUAUGUAAUCGUUAGGAAGAGGGUGGAACAACCUGCAGUUUUUCUCUUAUGUAAUCUUAGGUACGUGCUUUAUGGAACAACCUGCUUUGAAUAGAUACUAGCAUUUGCUUAAUAAAAAUUAAACUUCUGUUUGGUUUCUGAUUUA